GUCCAUCCCUCUACACGGCAUCGCGUCCGCCAUGUCGUCACAUGUCCGCAUGGAGGGCUGAGGGGUCUCCGCAUGGUUUGGGUAUAACCUUCAACGGGCCUCCUGAAAGCCAAGAUGAAGUCAAAGUUUACCACCAUUGACUUGAUCGCCAUGGUGGCGGAGUUGAAUGAGAGGCUGGUGGGCAUGCGUGUAGUGCAGGUGUAUGAUGCCGACCACAAGACCUACCUGAUCAAGCUGCAGCGACCGGAGCAGAAAGCUGUGCUGCUGCUGGAGUCCGGCUGCCGCAUCCACGCCACCGAGUAUGAGUGGCCCAAAAACCCGGCGCCUUCCGGCUUCUCCAUGAAGCUGCGCAAACACAUCCGCAACAAGCGGCUGGAGUCGAUCCGCCAGCUGGGCGUGGACCGGGUGGUGGACCUGCAGUUCGGCUCGGGUGAGGUGGCGCACCACGUCAUCCUGGAGGUGUACGACCGCGGCAACGUCGUGCUCACCGACCACCAGUACACCAUCCUCAACAUCCUGCGGCCGCGCACCGACGCUGAGAGCGUCAGGCUGGCGUCCAAGGAGGUGUACCCGGUGGAGAAGGCGCGCCCGUUCCAGCCGCGCUCCGAGGAGCAGCUGCGGGAGGUGGUCAGCGCCGCCAAGGAAGGCGACGUGCUCAAGAAGGUUAUCAACCCCCAUCUGGACUUCGGCGCGGCGCUGAUCGAGCACCUGCUGCUGGAGGCGGGCUUCCCGGCGGCGGCGCGCGUCGGGCACGAGUUCCACCCGGCGGAGCACCUGCACCGGCUGGUGGCCGCCGUCCGCGCCGGCGAGGCCGUUCUGCGCGGCGAGCAGCACGAGUUCCGGGGCGUCAUCACCUACAAGGUGGAGCGGCGGGGCGCCGGCGGCCCGGCCGAGACGGAGCUGCUCGGCUACCAGGAGUUCCAUCCGCUGCUGCUGCGGCAGCACGCCGGUCAGCCACACCACACCUACCUCAGCUUCACCGCCGCCGUCGAUCAGUUCUUCAGCCAGCUGGAGAGCCAGAAGCUGGACAUGAAAGCUGUGCAACAGGAACGUGAUGCCAUGAAAAAGCUGGACAACGUGCGCCGCGACCACCAGCGGCGGCUGGAGGCACUGGAGCUUGCGCAGCGCGACGAUAGGUGGCGGGCCGAGCUGAUCACGAGUAACGCGGCGCUGGUGGACGGCGCGGCGUUGGUGGUGCGCUCGGCGCUGGCCAACCAAAUCGACUGGCGCGAGAUCGGCCACAUCGUGCAGGAGGCGCAGAAACGCGGCGACCCCGUGGCCAACGUCAUCAAGGCGCUCAAGCUGGAGAAGAACCACAUCACCAUGCUGCUACACGACCCGUACCAGGAAGACUCGGACCAAGAGGACGAGGACGAGGAGGACGGCGAGGACUCUGAGGACGGCACCGCGCCGGAGAAGAAGGACCCGCCAGCCGAGGCCACCCACGUGCGGCCCAUGCUGGUGGACAUUGAUCUGGACCUGUCGGCGCUGGCCAACGCCGCGAGGUAUUUCGACCUGAAGCGGACGGCUGCGCGCAAACAGCAAAAGACCAUUGAGUCGUCCUUCAAGGCGCUCAAGUCGGCCGAGCAGAAGACUAAGCAGACCCUGAAGGAGGCGGCCACCAUCGCCAGUAUCAACAAGGCGCGUCGCGUGCACUGGUUCGAGAAGUUUCUGUGGUUCAUCACCUCUGAAAACUACCUCGUGCUGGGCGGCCGCGACCAGCAGCAGAACGAGACGCUGGUGCGCCGCUACCUGCGGCCGGGGGACCUGUAUGUGCACGCUGACCUGCACGGCGCCGCCUCGCUCGUGCUGAAGAACCCCAGCGGCGGCCACGUGCCGCCCAAGACGCUUAACGAGGCCGGCACGUUCGCCGUCUGCAACAGCUCGGCCUGGGAUGCCAAGGUGGUGACGUCAGCCUGGUGGGUGCAUGCCCACCAGGUGUCCAAGACGGCGCCCACCGGCGAGUACCUGACCACGGGCAGCUUCAUGGUGCGGGGCAAGAAGAACUACCUGCCACCCUGCCACCUGGCGCUCGGCUUCGGCGUCCUCUUCAAGCUGGAGGAUAGCUCCGUGGAGAGGCACCGGGGCGAGCGUCGCGUGCGCACGCUCGAUGCCGAGGACGGCGCGCCGCCGGACCUGACCGGUGGCGCGGCGGCGGCGCAGCAGGCGGAGGAGGAGGCGGACGGCGCGGCGCCGGCGCACGAGGACGAUCAGGAGGACACGGCCGCCGGAGGACCGUCGGCGAACGAGGACGAGGGGAGCGGCGGGGAGGACAGAGCCGACGGGGGGCCUGCGGCCGGAGAGGACGACGGGAAGCGAGAGGAUGAAGAAAAGAUUGAAGAGAAGGAGGAGGAGGAAGAGGGGACGGAAGACGGCACCGAGGACGUGUUCCCCGACACCAGCGUCGAGUUCAAACACCUCAGGGGCGGCCAGUUCACCGUCGAGGUCACUUCGCCGUCCGACGCCCGGUCGCCGGACAACCCGUUCCCGCCGCUGCCCGGGCCCAAGCCGGCGACUCGCCGCGGCAGGCAGUCCGGCCCGCCGCCUGCCGGCAAGGAGAAGAAGCAGAGCUGCGCCCCGCCGCCGCAGCCGCGCGGCAAGCGCACCAAGAUGAAGCGCGCCAAGGAGAAGUACAAGGACCAGGACGACGAGGAGCGGGCAGCUCGCAUGGCGAUCUUGCAGUCGGCGGGCAAGUCACACGCGGCCAUCCAGCGCGAGCGGGAGGAGCAGCAGCUGCAGGAGAAGCUGGAGCGUCAGCAGCAGCAGCAGCGGCGCCGCCAGGAGGUCAAGGCCCGCCAGGAGGCGGACGCCGAGGACGGCGACGACGAGGAGGUGGUGGUGCCGCAAGACUGCCAGGUCCUGGACGAGUUCACGGGUGGACCACUGGAGCAGGACGAGCUGCUGUAUGCCGUGCCCGUCUGCGCUCCCUGGGCCACCGUGCUCACCUACAAGUUCAAGGUCAAGCUGACGCCGAGCACGGGCAAGAAAGGCAAGGCGGCCAAGACGGCGCUGCAGGUGUUCGCCGCAGACAAGGCAGCCUCGGCGCGGGAGCGCGAUCUGGUCAAGUCGCUGAAGCUCGAGGACGUCACGCGCAACUUCCCCGGCCGUCUGAAGAUUAACCUGCCGCAGACGGCGCGCACCAAGAAGCGGUAGCCGUCCACAGGCGCGCUAUUGGUAUAAGAGAACUGUAAGCGAUCACCGCGCCGCUGAUCGCUGAGGCUGCUGCGCUUCGUAACGGUGAUUCGCCGAAUGCGUGACCUUACGAAGGUCAGGUGCACACCACCCUGAAUUCGGGCCGGUGAUUGGUCGAGUGGUUGAAGUGCGUGGCGGCGGUUGCGGUGUCGCGCCAUUCACGUUGCUGUGCUUGUUCGGAUGCGGUGUUGUUACGUGGGGAAAUCGCUCUUCGUAGCGGCGAUUUUUGGCAGUGGUGGGUGCAGAUUUUCAUGUGAUUUUGUACCGAACUUCGAAUUUCCGAGUGUUGUUUUCCACAGACAAUACAUGAAUUUUGUAAUGAGUAAUGUCGUCAGGGUCGUAUAUUCCGCGGUUUCAUGAGAUGCACUUCGUGACCUUUUCAGGACACUUGUUGGGCUAGGGCAGUUUGAAAAUACACUACUACGCUCAUG